CUCUCUUGUCGACGGCGUGCAUAUAGUCCGCGGCUGUUCGUCGCGUGGCUCCUUCCGCUCCUUUCAAAACAUGAGAAGGAAAAAAACAAAGAAAACUCCAUCAAAAAGCGAAAAAGAAAAAGAAACCUAAGGAAGAAAGAAAGAAGCAGUACCAAAGGCGGGGAGGGCAGUUAAGAAACCGAUCGGAAAAAGAUCUGGGCCGGAUGGCGGCAAAUUUCGCACUCCGACCCGACCGUUUCCCCCUCCUCUAUUCAAAUCCCCAGCGCGCCCUCUCCCGUCGCCCCCACUUCCUUCUCCCCUCCGGUCGGCGACGGUCCAGUUUUAGGGUUUCCUCCUCCGGCGGCCAGAGGAAAGGGGAGGAGGAGAAGAGGGGUGGGGUUCUCACUGGCGUCCAGCGGGAUGGGACCCCGCAAGUUGGAAGGGCUAUCGAGGAGGAAGGAGAAGGACGACGAGGGGGUGUGGUGUUGGAUGGGAGAUAUGAAGGGUUUGAGUGGAAGUGGCCACCUUGGAGGGAUUUGCCGCAGCGGUACAAGCUCAUCGGGACGACAUCUCUUGCCUUUGUCAUCUGCAACAUGGACAAGGUUAACUUGAGCAUUGCCAUCAUUCCAAUGUCACAUCAAUUUGGGUGGAAUUCAUCAACAGCUGGGAUGGUUCAGUCUUCAUUCUUUUGGGGCUACGCCUUGAGUCAAUUGCCUGGGGGAUGGCUUGCUAAGUUAUUUGGUGGAAGGAAAGUUCUUGAAGUUGGUGUUCUUGCUUGGUCUUUAGCCACAAUACUUGUUCCAUUUGUAGCAGGAUUUAUGCCAGGGCUGGUUUUGUCAAGGAUUUUGGUUGGUGUAGGAGAAGGUGUUUCUCCAUCAGCUGCAACUGACUUAAUUGCAAGAUCUAUUCCCUUGCAAGAACGCUCGAGAGCAGUUGCAUUUGUUUUUGGUGGUUUGAGUGUAGGAAGCAUCUUGGGGCUUCUCUUGGCUCCUCCCAUUAUCCAAAAUUUUGGUUGGGAAUCUGUAUUUUACAUAUUUGGCUUUCUUGGGAUUAUUUGGUGUUUGGGAUUUGAGUUUGUUAAAGAAGGGCGAUCGCCAUUUGAUGGAGACUACCUUUUUGGCUUGAGAAAGCCAUCAGGCAUCAGUAGCUCGUUGUUUACAUCGGUAUAUGCAAGAAAUUCAUGGAAUUCAUCUCUCAAAGAAUUGGGCAACUCUCUCAAGGAUGUACCAUGGAAGGCAUUUUUCAAGAGUCCUGCAGUUUGGGCAAUGAUAUAUGCUCACUUCUGUGGAAGUUGGGGCCACUACACUUGUUUAUCUUGGCUCCCUACAUAUUUUAGUGAGGAGCUGGACUUAAACUUGAUGGAAGCUGCAUGGGUUUCAAUCCUCCCUUCUUUGGGUUCGAUUCUUAUUACCUCCAUUGCAGCUCCUUUUGCUGACAACCUGAUCUCCAGUGGAGUUGAGACGACAGUGGUGAGAAAAAUUUGCCAGACAAUUGCCUUUAUGUCUCCUGCAGUUUGCAUGACUCUUUCCUCUCUGGAUUUAGGACUGCCACCCUGGGAAAUUGUCGCAUUUCUUACUAGUGGCUUGGCACUGUCAAGCUUUGCUUUAUCAGGACUGUAUUGUACCCAUCAAGACAUUUCUCCUGAAUAUGCGAGUAUACUUUUGGAAAAUGCUCAAUCUGCUGGAGAACUAAUUGGCAACUGAAGCAUGGCAGGUGCUCGGCUGCAGACUAUUCCCUUAUCAGGGAACAAUCAAUCACCAAUGGAAAUUUAUGGAUCUAUGUAUUGAAAGAGCUUGAAGGUUGUAUGGAAGAAAUUUUCGCUCUAGUGAUAAAAUAUUAUGUACUAUGGUGCUCGUUACGAUUUUUCAGUCCUUGCUUUUGUUCUAGUACUCUCCCUACUACAGCAGCUGCUGCUUCCACAACUGUGGUUGUUAUAGAAUAUAUGUAACAAAUUGACUUGGACGGUCAUUCCUUUAUCAGAUAAUACGCGUCUUAGCAAGGUUCACCAUCACCAACAAACAGCCUGUUUAGAUGGUCAGCUAGCUUGCCCAUGUUCUCUCACACGUGAGAAGGAAAGGUAGAUGGCGCACCAUGAGCUAUCAUGGGAGUCCAUAGAUGCUGCCAUCUGAGGUUCUCAGAAUAGCCGAAUUCAGCUUUUCAGAUGUGUAUACUUUCUGAAAAACUUAGGACUGGUUGAAACAAUAAUGCUGGUUCUCUUGUAUUUCCAUAGGGUGUUUGUGUAUGUAUCUUGUAAAUAAGAUGAUCAAUUGUCCCACUAAUGUCACAAUGGAGAUAAACCAGAACGUGAAACUUUGCCCUGGUGUUCUCGCCUAGUCACCGUCUCCAUUGCUCUUUUUUAAAAACAAUCUCUGAGUGUUACUGGUCG